CUUCACAUUUUUUCUCUCAACACUCUUCUUGCUAAUGGCUAGUUCAGUCAUGACCAAAACCAACAUUACUACAGAUCAAUUUGCUCUUCUGUCCUUAAAAUCCCAAAUCAUUUCCGAUCCCUUUCACUUCUUGGAUGAAAGUUGGUCUCCCACUACGUCCGUUUGUCAUUGGGUUGGAGUCACUUGUGGCUCUCGUCACCAACGAGUGAAUUCCUUAAAUCUUUCCAACAUGGCUCUUACAGGCAAAAUUCCCCGUGAAUUCGGAAACCUCUCAUUUCUUGUUUCUCUCGACAUGGGAAGCAACAAUUUCCAUGGAAAUUUGCCUCAGGAAAUGGCACAAUUUGCGUUGGCUUAAGUUUCUUGAUGUAAGUGUCAACAACUUCUGAGGGAAUGUUCCUUCUUGGUUUGGGUUUUUACAUCAGCAUCGAUUUCUAAGUCUUGGGAAUAAUAGUUUCACUGGUUCCAUACCUUCUUCAUUUUCUAAUAUGUCCACACUUGAGACUUUCAGUCUGAAUUUCAAUUCCAUAGAUGGUCAAAUCCCAAAAGUGAUUGGAAGUUUUAUAAUCCUUAGAGAAUUAAAGUUUAGGGGUAACAAGCUCAUAGGUUCUAUUCCUCUGUCACUCUCGAAUGCCUCGAGGUUGGAGACUGUAGAUAUAUCUUAUAAUUCACUUCAAGGAAAUAUUCCAGAAGAAAUUGGCAAUCUUUACAACCUUAAGCUGUUGUCCAUACAAUAUAAUCAACUUAGGGGUUCUAUACCUUUCACAGUUUUCAAUAUUUAUAUGAUCGAAGUCAUUCAUUGCAUUUACUGGCAAUAGCUUAUCAGGAAGUCUUCCCAGUGGUUUAUGCAAUGGUCUCCCAAUACUCAAAGGGCUUUAUUUAUCCAUAUGCCUACAAGCUUAUCAAAUUGUUCACAACUUCAAAUUUUGUCUUUAUCAAAAAAUGAGUUUGAUGGACCAAUACAUAGUGAAAUUGGAAGAUUGAGUAACUUGCAGAAAUUGGCUCUCGGAACUAACCAUUUCACUGGGAUAAUUCCACAAGAAAUUGGGAAUCUUGUUAAUUUGGUACUGUUAGCCAUGGAGAGAAACCAGAUUACCGGCUCUGUCCCGAACUCCAUAUUCAAUACCUCAUCGCUGCAAAUUUUGUCACUGUCGAUGAACAAUCUUAGUGGAUUCUUAUCAUGGGAGAUUGGCAAUUUAACCAAGAUGCAACAUCUACAGAUUAAUGAAAAUAAGCUUAUAGGUGAAAUACCAAAAGAGAUAAGCAAUCUUGUUGAGUUGGAGGAACUUGUUCUUGCGGAUAGUAGUUUUAGUGGUCAACUUGAUACGGAGAUCUUCAACAUAUCAGGGCUGAGAAUAAUUGAUCUUACAGACAACAAUCUUUCAGGAAGCCUCCCACCAAACAUAGGUUCUAUCUUACCCAACAUUGAAGAUCUUUAUCUGCAUAACUUAGUCAAUCUUUUUGGAAAUAUUCCUCAUUGCAUCUCCAAUUGUUCAAAACUUACUAUUCUAGAGCUUUCUAACAACAAACUCACAGGCCUGAUUCCCAAUUCACUUGGAUAUUUGACUCAUCUACAGUAUCUAUAUUUAGAUGAAAACAAUUUAACCAGUGACUCAUCAUUAAGCUUCUUGGCUUCCUUAACCAAUUGCAGAAAUUUAACAACUCUUUCUCUGGAUUUGAACCCUCUAAACGGCAUGCUUCCAGCCUCCAUAGGGAACCUUUCCACCUCUCUUAGAAAGUUUUACGCCGAAAGCUGCAACACUAAUAGAUCUGUCAAUGAAUCAAUUCUCAAAUGGAAUUCCAAGAGAAAUUGGAGGAUUGCAAAAUUUGGCACACCUUUCUCUGAGACACAACAAGUUGCAUGGAUCUAUACCUGACUCAAUGAGCAACAUGGUAGGAUUGGAAUUCCUAGACCUUUCUGAUAAUAAUAUAUCGGGAACUAUCCCCAUGUCUCUGGAGAAACUUCAAUACCUGAAGUAUUUCAAUGUUUCUGUCAACAAAUUGCAUGGUGAAAUACCCUCAGGGGGGCCUUUCAAGAAUCUACAAUGAAGCAUUGUGUGGUUCUUCAAGAUUUAGUGUCCCGCCAUGCCCCACUUCAUCAAAGCACAAAUCAAAUAGGAAAAGAUUGCUAGUUCUAUUUCUUUGGCUAGGACUUGCAAUUUUGUUUGUUCCUGUCAUUUUUGUGUUUUUAUGGAUAAGGUAUAGAAGAGGUAAAAGAGCUCCUCAACAAACAGAUUCAUUGUCUACCAUAACACGAGAAAGAAUUUCAUACGAUGAAUUGAUCCAAGCAACAGAUGACCUUAUAAUCUGAUUGGUUCUGGAAGUUUUGGCUCUGUUUACAAAGGCAUUCUCGGAUGUGGAACUGCCAUUGCAGUUAAAGUGUUCAAUUUGCAACUGGAUGCGGCAUUCAAGAGUUUUGAUUCAGAAUGUGAAGUUUUGCGUAGUCUUCGCCAUAGGAAUCUCGUAAAAGUCAUUACUAGUUGUUCCAAUCUUGAUUUCAAGGUUUUAGUGCUCGAGUAUAUGCCUAAUGGAAGUCUUGAGAAGUAUUUGUAUUCGCACAACUUCUUCCUUGACACCAAGCAGAGACAAAGCAUAAUGAUAGAUGUGGCAUGUGCUUUGGAAUAUCUUCACCAUGGGUGCUCGUUGCCUGUGAUUCACUGUGACGUGAAGCCUAGUAACGUCUUGCGGGAUGAAGAUAUGGUUGCCCACCUAAGCGACUUUGGCAUUUCAAAACUGCUUGGUGAAGAUCAGGGUGAAUUAUACACUAAAACCUUAGCAACAUUAGGUUAUAUUGCGCUAGAGUAUGGACUGGAUGGACGAGUGUCAGCAAAGUGUGAUGUCUACAGUUAUGGGGUCAUGUUGCUUGAAACGUUUACCAGGAGAAAGCUUAAUGAGUUUGAGGGAGAUCUUAGGUUGAAGCAAUGGGUGAGUUAUUCACUCCCAGAGGCUGUAAUGGAACACCAACGGGUAAUCACUUACAGAAGGAGCUUGAUGUUGUGGCUUCAAUCAUGAAUGUUGCAUUAGAUUGUUGUGUUGAAUCUCCGGCAAGAAGGACAAACAUGAAAGAUGUUGUUGGGAUGCUACAGAAAAUCAAGAUUCAACUUCUUGCAUGCUGAGCAUGUUCUCGGAAUCUCUUGUUUCAAAUCACUCUGUUUGUUGCAAAUGUUUGCUAAAUUGCUGGAUUCAUGUAAAGAUUGCUUCUUCUUUUUUUUUUUUUAGCACUUGCUUUUUGCAUGAUUCUGUUUUCAAAAAUGCUAGUUGGUUGCAAUAAAUCUUUACUAUAUCCUCUAAAUAUUAAUGUUACAAAAUGAUGGAACACAA